UUUAGGGCCACCCAGUAUGCAUGUGCAUUGUCGAUAUAUCUGCUUCGAAACACCUCGGAAAGAAAGGACCUCGUGGCAAAACUCAAGAGUCUUGAAGCCACCAUGAGCGCUGGACGAAAAUUGAAAUGGAGACGGAGCCGUGUUGUGAAGAGCUCAAAGACCCUGCAGUGGAGCCCACAGAGCCUGAGGUGCGAGGGGCCAAUUCUGAGACUGCUGAUGGGGACAGUCACACCUUGCUGCCCUGCGGGUCUGCAGAAGAAGGUGAAGAGCUGUUGGGGAAGGAGCAGGUUGAAACAGAGAGCCAUGCAGGAGGGAGUGAAAGCACAGAGAUAAAAAGCCCCUGUGAUCCCGAGCGAGAAAGUGAAGGCACAGCAUGCAAGGAACAGAGGAAACUGAGAAAAACAAACAGCUGGAAAAUGGUGCGAUUCCAAGACCCGUCGGAGGAUGAUAAUGUGUUGGAGAGGGAUAGCUCAGCAGAGAGUCUCUUUCCGGAAUACGCUCUGAAGGAGUGGACUUCCUCGACCUUUGAGGAGCUGUUCAUGGCAGAAGACUGGCAGGACAUCACAGAGGACCGGCUGUUGAGGAAGAAGGUGCUGGAGUCCAGUGCACCGAACGCCCUGCUACCAGCCUGGGGUCAGGAGGUCACUGUGAAGAUGCAGUGUGUCCUGGAGGACCGCACCGUGGUGGAGAAGGACUGCAAGCUGGUUUUUGUUAUUGGAGAGGGAGAUGUAAACCAGGCCCUGGAGGAGUGUGUCCUAUCCAUGCAGAGGGGUGAGAUCACAUUACUGCUGGCAGACUCACAGUAUGCAUAUGGACUGCUGGGAAGGGAGCCUGAUAUUCCCGCCUGGGCUCCGUUACUCUACCAGCUGCAGCUGCUGGACAUCAGAGAGAAACCGGACCCGUUGACUCUGCCCGUCGCAGACCGCAUCCGCAUCGGCAACCAGAAACGAGAGCGAGGAAACUUUCUAUUCCAGAGGGAGGAGUACUGCCUGGCUGCCAGGGCCUAUUGUAUGGCUCUGGAUAUGCUAACCACAAGCAGCAGAGAUGGUAGCGAUGGCAGUGUGAAGGCGGAGGAGGAGGAGGUGCAGGACUACCGGGUGAAGUGUUUGAACAACCUGGCUGCCGCUCAGCUCAAACUGGAGCGGUACGACGAGGCGCUGCACACCAGCAGGGACGUUCUGACCCUCGAGCCAAACAACGUCAAGGCCCUCUUCAGGGCGGGGAAGCUCCUGUCGGACAAGGGGGAGUACAAAGAGGCCAUGGAGGUGCUAAAAAAGGCCUUGAAACUGGAGCCAGCCACCAAGGCGAUCCAUGUCGAGUUGUCUAAACUGGUCAGAAGGCAAGCGGGAGGCAACGACACUCAAGAAUGGAGAGCCAAGCCGGCGGAGAUGCUCGGAGACAACAUCGCACCAUUUCUUAUUCCCUCCAAGAAGAAACCAUCUGGACUUUCCUGGAAGUUUAUACUCGGAGCUCUGGUUGUGGCCUUGGGCAGCUUAGUGACGUCGGUGGUCCUGACCGCGAGAAACUGAGAUCCUCAGCAGGAGGCGCUUUGAAUGUCCUCAUCACCACCACUACCACCAUCAUCUACAUCAUCAUCAUCAUCGUGUGCAGGUGCAGAGCAUUGCCUUCUAGUCUUAUUUAGUCAUUUGAGGAGGGUUUUUUUUUUUUUACUGUAAAGAGACGAAAAGGAAUGCAACAGAAGAUGCACUGAAGCCUGAAGUUGUGUUUUGAGUUUUUACGUGGUAGAAACAUGUUUGAGUAAAAGAUGUAAAGUAUUCAUGAUACUGAUGACAGUACAGCAUCAAGUGAAUUCACAGCACCGGCAGAGAUUUCCUGCUGAUGGAUAAGACAGAAGGUUUUCUUUGCAGUUGCGUCUGUUUUAUUUGGAAAAGGGAUUACAUUUCUGUUUGUCAUGAUAAAAAAAAGGGUCCUGGAAAAUAUUCUGGUAUCACAGACACACACACACAAAAAAAAAGAAAGGGAACUUUUGUAAAGCGUGUAACCGAACCACAAAGGUAAUUAGUAAACAAAUGACGUGCUCAACAUCACUAUUCUGAGAUAUAAUUGAGCUCCAGUAAUUGUUGAAACUGAAAUGUAAUAUUGCUCACAUAAGCAAUGCUUGCGAUGCUUAAUAAAAAAUGUUUUAAAGAA